AUGAAAUAUGAUCUUUAUAAAUUAAGAGAAAGAGACCCCGGUUUUAGCGAGUCUACUCAAGUAAUGACUGAUCAUGGACCGGCUGACUAUCAACAAUUGAAAAAAAUGCUUAAAGAAGGAGUUGACUUUAAAGUCCUAGCUAUUAACAAAGAAACUGGUAGAUUUAUAUAUCGUUCUGGCUUACUUGUUGUCAUGAAUUAUUCAAAAAUUAUGAUGAAUCAUGUCGAAAAUAAUGGUGCUCACUCAAUUGACUUUAUGGUUAAUAAAUAUACUCAAGUCAUGAGUAGAAAUGAAUCAAAUAUACAUAUUGAAAGAGGAAGUCAUUUAACAUUUGAUGUGACAGAUGAACGAUAUUACAUGCCUGCUGUGAGACCAAGAUAUUUGAAAGUGAAUGAACCACAAAGAAUUCAAACUAGGGUAAACGGUAUAGAUACUCAAAUUGAAAAAGAUUCUAUUUUUAAAGAUAUGGUUGAACAUUAUGAAAAUAAUCAUGAAUUGGCAUAUGUGAUUGGUGCUUUAGCUAAACGUUCGACUGUCAAAGAAGAUACUAUUUUUAUAUAUUCUGUUAAUGAUGAUAUUUCGAAAGCUUUAACAACUUUAGACAUAGCUUUUAAGAAAGGUUCUAGGAAUAAAAUAAUCGUUAAUGAUUUAGAUUUUUUCAAUUACUAUAAUCAAAUUUUCAGUGGUUUUAAUGGUUACGAUUAUUUUAGCAAGAUCCCACAACUUGCCUUCACAAUGAAUAAGGUAGAAGUACUCCACUUUUUAAGAGGUCUUUCAACCGUUGGAAUUGAUCAUACAGAUAAUAUGAUUGUUUAUACUCUAAAGGAGGAAGUUAAGGAUCAGGUGUUACGAUUGAGUUUACAUGCUGGUCUAAAUGCUUGUGAAAUAAGAAAUUCCGUAAGUAUUACUCAAGAAUUGAAUAUGCUGAAUUAUUCCCUUUCUAUCGAAUCAAGUGGCUUUAAAGAAGUGACCUACAAAGGAUUGGUAUUCCAAAUUCAUUUCAAUAAAAACACAGGACAUCCUGAAAAUGAUAAAAUAUAUGAUCAUUUAUUGUUAAUAGGUCCUAAAAAGUUAAUUGCUGGUACAGAUAUCAGAUCAUACAAAAACAUGAUCGUAACAAGUUUAAAAUAA